AUGGAGGCGGCGAGCCGAGCCGGGGCCGAGAUGAGCCUGGCGGCGCUGAGGCGCCACGACCCCUACAUCACCAGCAUCGCCGACCUCACGGGCCAGGUCGCACUCUACACCUUCAGCCCCGAGGCCAACCAGUGGGAGAAAACUGACAUAGAAGGGACCUUAUUUGUAUAUAGAAGGUCAGCUUCGCCUUUCCACGGUUUCACGAUCGUGAAUCGGCUGAAUAUGACGAACCUCGUGGAACCCGUGAACAAAGAUUUGGAAUUCCAGCUCCACGAGCCAUUUCUUCUCUACAGAAAUGCCAGCCUGUCAAUUUACAGUAUCUGGUUUUAUGACAAGAAUGACUGUCACCGCAUAGCCAAACUCAUGGCCAAAGUGGUGGAGCAGGAAACCCAAAGGUGCCAGCAGGCUGCUAGUGACAGGCAGAGCCCCAGCCGAGCCAAUGGACACCGGGAAAAGAGACCCAUGGACAUCCUGGAGAUGCUGAGUAAAGCCAAGGACGAGUAUGAGCGUAAUCAAAUUACAGACUCAACCAUCUCAAGCCCUGGGUUACAACCAAGUGCUCGGCUCACAAACCCUGGCAGUGCUGAGGAGACAUCGGAAGAGACAUCCCCGGGAUUACAAACACAGGAGAAGCCUGCUCCAUCGGGACACAAGCACCUCACAGUGGAAGAAUUAUUCGGAACCUCGUUGCCAAAGGAACAGCCAACAAUCGUAUAUCCCAAUUCGGAAGGAGCCGAGAAGUUGCCAGCUGACGCCUCCCCCAAAGAGUAUGACUUAUUCUCGCCAUUUUCUUUUGAGUCAUCAAGAGGAGCACAUCAGCCAGAGAAUCCCCUCGUCCAGCCCAGCAGCCCCAGCGUGGGGCAGCAGGAGGCUCCCGCCCCCCUGGCCCCACCUGACAGGAAGAGCUCGUCCAACUGCACAGUCCCCAGGAGCCCCAUAGUGAAGGCAGCUCCAGCAGCUGAGGCCACCAGCUCCCCGACCGUGAAGAAGGCUCCCCAGCAGCGGUCUUCUCUUCUCACCCAGCCAGCGCCUGAAGUGAGACACAAGGCCCGGAAUCUGAUUGCUGCCCAGAGCCACUUAGUGGCCCCGCUGAGUGGGACGGGCCCAGGAGGCACUUCAGGCGCCAGCCUUCUGCACAAGCUCCAGCUGACCCCGCAGCCGGCGGCGCUCCCCAAGAACCCCAUCGCACCCCACUUUGCCUCGUCGGCGAGCCAGCUCGCAACCCCUGAGAGCUUCAGAGAGCCUCACGCCAGAAGAAGAGGGGCCACAGCCACGCUCGGCGUUGCUGGGAGGCCUUCCCUGAAGGUUUCCUCGCCCAAAUUCAUUACGUCAACGACGUCGGCGUCUUCUUCCGUCCUUUUGUCGCCCAGUGUUUUCCAGCAGUCCGUGACAAAACCCCCAGAGCUAGAGAAGAAAGCCAGUCCCCCUUCUCGAUCAGGCGGGGCCUCAGAACAUCCAACAAAACCUCCUUUGGUUCUCAGCCGGUCUCAGCUCCAGGACACAUUAAUACAUCUAAUCAAGAAUGAUGCCAGCUUUCUCAGCACACUUCACGAAGUCUAUUUGCAAGUCCUGACCAAGAACAUAAAUAACCUGCAGCUCUAGUGACCUGAGCUAAAGCCACCGGGCACUCUGUGUGAGGGGGUGGAUGUCUGCUCAGUAACAAAUACGCCUCAUUAAUGGAACUGGUAUGAGAGGUUUCAUUUUUAAAGAAACAAUGCUUAGUCUGGAAAGUCCUGAAAUUGAGCCUAUGAGAGAGAGAAAGAGAGAGACUUGUUCUUAAAGAAUGUUUUAAGGUUAUAUUCUCAGAAAUGAUGGAGAUUUCACUGUGAAGCAUCACCAGCAACCCUUUAUUGUAGUGGGAAAAAAAAGACCAUUUAUGAAAAAUUGCAUGGGCCUUGUCAUCAGCGUCAAGCAUGUGUGGUCCACCAGGAUGGAGAUGUGUGACCUCCCCCAGUUCAGAAGACACACGGGGCAGGGAGUGGAACUGGGAAGUGAAGUGCUCAUCCCAGGGACCUCAUGCAGUGCUCCACCUUGCAAAGAUCAUUUGCUUCCAAAAGGGAGCCGCCUUUAGCCCCCUCGUCCUGAGAUUUGACCUACCAGUGAAAUUCGGAUAAGAUGGAAAUUUUGUAACGCAGAAUGGUUUCCAGUUUGUCUGUCCCACCUAAGCUGAAGACGUAUUUAUGACUCUUGUUCAACUGCAGGUUAUGGGAUAAGAAUGGUGUCACUGGGCCUUAAGGUCCUGAAGUUUCAUGGUAAAAAUUUAUUAUUUUUUAAUUGUUGUCCUAAUACUGACCAGACCAUAACGAAUCUGGCUGCUGGUGUGAGAAUUACCUUUUCUUUUUCAUAUUUUACUUAAUUGGCCAAUUGGCAAAGCCAAAAUCCUGUUAGACUUAAAAACAUUUUUUAACUGCCAGGUGGUUUUAAAGGAGAUAUCAAGUUUCUUUUUAUACAUGAAAACUACUACUAAGUGUAUGUAACCUCAUUGUCCUUUUCUAUCUAAGCAUGAGUUCACAACAAUUUAGAUCCCUCUUCUUAACUGUAAGGAAAAAACCAACCAUUGGACCAAUACAACAUGACCCCUGGGGUCCGACUGUUCCUCACACCUUUGACUUAAUAGGAAUAAAGCUAUGCAGGAAAGGGAACAGGGACACGCCCAUCGCUUCAUCUCUAGCGGAUGAAUGAAGUUCUGAGCUUGGCCGCUGGACUUGCUGCACCCGUGGGUGCCCUCCAGCCCAGGUAUCAGGAUGACAUAUAAAGGCACCUUGGUUGCUGCUCUCACUCCUUCGUGUGCUUUGUGUCUCUUCCCAUAGGGCAUGUGACCUUUUAAUGUAGAUUCCCAUUUCUUUCAGCAAUAGUCAUUUUACAGUCGCCUUUGAAAUCAAAGUGUCUUGGUUUACACGAGACGGUUCUUUUGUCGUUUGUAACCACGUAAGAUGCCCGGCUCACUUUUCCGAGCACUGUCCUAGUGACUCUAGGGUGAGAAGCCCACCUGGUUCCGGCCGCCGUCCUGAAGACACGCUGUGGGUAACGCUGACAAACGGGAUUGUUCUUAGGAACGAGCUUGUGAGCUUUCGAGGCAACUCAGUCAUCGAUUUUUCUGGCGGAGUUUUCUGUAGGUGACACAUAUUAAGUAUAUUAAAUAACUUUAGCUUGGCCUUCGUUUCUCUGCAUGAAAGGACUUGGUUUUAUUGGCUUUGCUUUAUUUAAUGAGCUUCCGGCUUUGUCUGUCCUAGCUUCUGAGUCUUGCUGAUGACCCUGGGCUGAAUUCAGGGAGGGAGGCAAGGGAGAGUGCCCACUCUCACAGUACUUUGCCUUCCAAGAUAGUGUAUACAUUUGACAACCAAAAAUAAAUGAUUUGGGUCAGCCAAGAAAAAGAGAACAAGAGAGCAAGUCUCAGGAUCCCCGGGUCUGGUCCAGCAGAAUGGGGUGCUUUGGUAAGUUGGGGGAUGAGGGUCUGAUCACAGUACAACCUGUGUCGUACUAUCGGACUGAUCAGCAAGCGGCUAGCGAUUUGUAACAGGCCUAAAAUAAAAUGGGAUUUGGAGCCCGUUGGAAAGGCAGAGAGAAAUCUCUGGAGAGAACAUCUCUGACAAGUUUCUGUGAUUUGUUCCAUACACUUACAUCUUUUAAAUAGCUAAUCCAAGGAAACCAGGUUUCCUUCGUGUGAAACAUUAAAAUUUUAAGUGCCCAAGUUGUGGAGAUUUUAAAAAGAUGAUUUAGUUUUAACCUCUAUAAUUACAUAUUAGAAUUAUUUAUAACACAUAAGCCAGGUCUACACUGCCAUACUUCCUGAGGUAAUUCAGGCAGGAGUCUCUGGAUAGGGCAGGCCAACCUCUCUGGGUAGUGGCUGUUGGUCGACCCUGCUCAAAAGCUGCAGCUCAGUCGCCUUAUUACUUCCUCCUCCUGAACUGUCCAGAACCUCGUACCGGCUUGGAUCGCCCGUUUCCAUUUUCAGCAGUGUCUGGGAUAAAUCCUCACAGGUUUAAAACCGAAGAUUGAACUGAACGCUCCGAAGGCAAGUCUCACUCAGCCAUGUCAUCCUGGUCGAGCAGCUGCUGAGCUAGGGUCCGAGGUGUGUCCUGCUGUCUUGCCUUCUCCGGUGCAGUCACCUCCCCAGACCGAUCACUCCCCUUUCCAGGGCAUCUCCAACGAGCUUUGAGAACAAGAAAGCCUCCUUGGCCUUCGGGACAGACUCCCUGCCACACGGAGGGCUUCCCAGAGACUCAUUACCAUCGUCAACAGGGAUGUAUUGUUUUCACUAAAAGGAGCUGAUUCGGAUUUUACUUAUUCUAAGAAUGCAGAAGCCAAGUUAGAAAGAGUUCUUUCCAAACAAAUUCUGUCUACCCAAGCACUUCAUGUUCUUCUCUCCAGUGAUAUUUUUUAAAAAAGAAAGCAAGCCCCAUUCAUCUUUCUAUCAAAAAGCUCUUUUUAAACCUGCUGCUUUAUUUUUCUUUUCCCUAAAGACCCUAGUCCUGAUUUUUUUCUUUUUUCAUUUUACCUGCUGCAGAUAGUGGCUUCUGUUCUGCAGCUCACAGGGAAGUGGGAGAGAUGCAGGGGGCCUAAGGAAAUAAAAGCCACCCACGAGAAGGGGACAUUGGGAAAAGCUUUAGAACAGGGCCGGGGAAGCAGCUUACAGCCUGAUUCAGAUUGUUUCACUGAACAAAGAAUGAAUAAUUGUCUUCUUGCACAUUUGCUGCUGAGCAAACAUUUGCUUUGUGUUGAUAUUUUAUUAUUCAAGGUUCCUUUGUGAAACCAAUAAUGCCGUUUGGAUUAACAUAUUUAAAUAUUAAGGAAAGGUGACCGGCUUCAGACCUGGGGCCCAGAUCCUGGCCUGAUUUGUUUUUCCGCUUAAUUUAGGAAAAAUGUGUGCAAUAUAUUUCACCUCCAGUUUGUGUUUGACGUCAUCAAAGCUGUUAAGAUGCGUUAUUCAUUUUUAAGUGAGGCAAUGGCGUUUUCUUUUGGUCAUUCUAUUUGAUUGGAAAUGGUUUCUGUUUUUUGUGUGUUACUGUUUAAUCUCUACUUCCCAUUCUUACGACGUGCUGUUCCACACAUCAAGCGUUCACGAACGUGACCUGUGUGCUUCCCUUCUUAGGAAGUGGACGUAAGAAUCUCUGGAAAUAGGUCUUUUCUUUUCAACAUCAAUACUGCAUCACUAACUUUUUUUAUUAUAUAAAUUUUCUACCAUCCAUGUGUGUUCGCAAAUAUUAAGUUAUUACAUGUUUUAAACUGAGCGUUUUUCAUCCUAAAUUUUGUAUGUUUGCGAGUAUAUUUUUUUAAUAAAAUUUCAAAACAAAGUUUUC